CUUUAUGAGCUCGGUCGAAUCCUUCCUCGUGGGCGGCCGGGGACCGCUCGGCCAGGACCGCGUCUGCAUUGCGCUGUCGCCUCAAGGCAACCGGCGCAAGCACGCCUCUCGUGAGCUUGAAGAUGCCAUGGAGAAGCUAUGGGACGACAAGCUGGCGGCGCAGCCUCACCUCUUCAACGGCGCCAAGUUCCGCUUGGCGUCGUCCGCACUGACGUCGACCGGCCUCCAAAUGACGUGGGGCCUCACGAGCUACAAGGAGUACAUUAGCACAUGCUCGCGCCCCGAGAUUGUCGCGACGUUGCGGCGGGACGGCGGCGAGAACCCGCGCCAACACCUCUCGAUGAAGGUCGGCGUCGCUGCAGCGCUCGUGACAAGCGACAAGCAUGUGGUUUUCCUCCAGCGCAGCAAUGCUGUCGGCGCGUACCCGAACAUGGCCGACGUGCCCGGUGGCCAUCCCGAGCCCGAGAAAGUAGGUUUGCAUUGCGAGAGCGACUACGAACUUAGCGACGAGCUCAACGCGCGGUGCGUCGCCGAGCUCUUCGACUCGAUCACGGCCGAAGUCGAGGAAGAAACCAACGUCCCACGCAGCGCGCUCUCGCCGCCGCUGCUGCUCGGCGUGACGCUUCAAGGCAGCGCCGAGACGCCCAGCUACGCGUUCCUUAUCGAGUGCGCGCUCUCGGUCGCCGACGUGCAAGAGCGAUACGUCGACGCGCAAGACCAGUAUGAGAGCACGCGCCUUAUGUUUGUGCCCGUAGCAGCGCUGUCCACAAACACCUUGGAGCUCACGCCGUCUGCAGCCGGCUGCCUCCAACUCCUCGCCGAGCUCUACAUGAAGCAACAAAACCAAAAUCAAAUCUCCAGAAUCAAAACUUCAUAAUCAAAACUUCAAAAUCAAAUCCCAGAAUCGAAAUUCCUUCGUCCCAAA